GUAAUAUUAUAUUUAUAUUAUUAGUGUAAUUUUCGGAAAAGCAAUCGAAAUUUUCAGAAAUUAAAAUUGGACGGGAAAUCGGAACUUCAUAUAUUCUCCAAUUUCAAUUCGCAAAAAUGAAAUCGAAAACGAUCAAUUCCAAUUUCAUAUAUUUUUGAUCCGAAAAUAGAAAAUAUUGUUCCAUAAUGGGAAAAUUUUGAACCCCUAAUUUUACGGUACGGAAACCGUGGCCACGUCAUCUAUAUGAAAAAUAUCUAAUGCCCUUUCCACCUAAUAAAGAUAUUUUUGAAUUCACUUUUUCCAUUAAAGAAAAAAGGCCCUACCACAAAAGCACUAAAAUAUCUCUCUACUCACACACUCUUCGAAGCUUCUGCUCACAACCACCGUACCGCCGCCCAUGUCCACCACCUCCGACGCCACCCUCGAAACCCCAAUCCUCGAUUCCAAUCUUCCUUCUCUCUUGCAGCGAGUGACGGAAGAAGGCGGCUACGCAUUCGCCUCAAUAGCCACUCGUGCCGCCGCCGGCGAUGCUAGGGCGGCGGAGGCCGCCAAGGAUAUGGCCUGGGAGCAGCUCCACUCCGGCCCCUGGCACUCAGUCGGCCCCAUCUGGCGCGACGCCUACUCAAUGGCUAGCCUCCACGUGGCCAAACUCCAUUUCUCCUCCGGGGAGUUUGACCUAGCUCUAAGGGCGCUUGAUAUGGGCCUCAUAAUGGGCGGGUUGACCCUAAGAGACGACUUGAAUCUGUGCAUUCGGAAAGUCAGCGCCGCCGCGAGGGCGAAGGAGUCCGGCGAUAACUGCUGCCCGCAGGAAAAGAGUGAGUGGUAUAGAGAUUUCAACUUGGUGGAGGUAGUUAAGUUAUUACCUGUGAGGUCGCUUUCGUGUAAGACGGUAGCAAAAAAGUGCAGACUUUCGUUGGAAGGAUUCUUGCAAGAGCAUUUCAUCUCCGGUUCUCCAGUAAUCAUUAGCGAUUCUAUGAAUCAUUGGCCAGCCAUAGAUACAUGGAAUGACAUGAAUUACCUUAAACGGGUUGCAGGCUUCCGCACUGUUCCGGUUGAGGUCGGAAAAAACUACCUGUCACCAGAUUGGAAGCAAGAGUUGAUCACAUUUUCCGAGUUUCUGGGGAGGAUUCAAUCGAGUGACCGUUCUUCUGCAAACUUGACGUAUUUGGCUCAGCACCAAUUGUUUGAUCAGAUACAAGAACUAAAGCAGGAUAUUGUAAUACCGGACUACUGUUUUGCUGGUGGAGGCGAGAUCAGGUCCCUUAAUGCUUGGUUCGGUCCACCUGGCACAGUAACACCGUUGCAUCAUGAUCCACAUCAUAAUAUACUUGCUCAGGUUGUCGGUAAAAAGUAUAUUAGACUCUACCCUGCUUCUUUGUCGGAAGAGCUUUACCCUCACUCAGAGACCAUGCUUUGCAAUUCCAGCCAGGUUGAUCUGGACAAAAUAGACGAGAAAGAGUUUCCGGGAAUAUCGGAUUUGGAUUUUGUGGAUUGCGUACUAGAGGAAGGGGAGAUGCUGUACAUUCCUCCAAAGUGGUGGCACUAUGUGCGCUCUCUCACUGCUAGUUUUUCGGUUAGUUUUUGGUGGAGUGACGAACUAAACUCGCCCGACUCCUAAUUCCGUAGUUAAUUUUAGGCAUUCUCUUUCCUAUUAUUUUGUUAGAGAAACCGAGUUUGCGUUUUGCUAAACAUUUUAGCUCAACAUUUUUCGUAUGAAUCUGGUUUAGUGCAGUUACAUUUCAAGGCAGUACUUUAUGUUUUGCUUUUGGAUA